AUGCCAGCUCCAGAGCCGGCGUCUGCAGCUCAUCGCUACAGCAAGCAUAUCAUCUUGACCACAUACCCUGGCCAAAGUGGAAUCGAACCAGUCCCUCUGGAAUGGGGUGCGCCCGAUGCCAAAGCUCGCGGGCCGAUCAUCGUUUCUCGAAGAGAUAACCUCGUGAAACGCCGCAACGCGAUCGGUGCCCAUGGCGGAAGCUAUAGCAUCUACAAUGCUCUAGCAAUUGCCUCGGGUGACCUGGACGCUGAUUUCCGGCCGGACCUGCGAAACAGUCAACCCACUUUCGAUUUUAACUGGCAGCCUGCGUGGGCGGACAAGACCAAAAUCGUCUCAAUGGAUCCGUACGGUCACGAUAUAGUCAAUCAAUACAGCGAGGAGCUCAAGGCCGGAUGGGACAUUCGGCCCACUAUGGCAAUCACUCGGGCUAAUAUGAAGCUGGCGGAGAUUGGCGAGGCGAUCCGUGAAAAUCGACUGCAAGUCGAUGGUAAUAUUCUUGUCGAUUCAUCUGGCGAGGUUCGAGUCACCAAGGUCGCGGUUGAACCGGUUUGGUUUUUGGAUGGUGUUGCUCAACGCUUCGGCGUGGAUGAAGGAACUCUUCGUCGGACUCUAUUCGAACAGACUGGAGGUAGCUACCCAGAGUUGAUAACUCGCCCUGAUCUGAAGGUCUUCUUGCCACCAAUUGGAGGCUUGACUGUUUACAUCUUUGGCCCACCGGAGCGAGUCUCAGAUGAGAAUGUCAAGCUUGCACUGCGCAUUCAUGACGAAUGCAAUGGUAGUGAUGUGUUUCAAUCGGACAUCUGUACCUGUCGGCCAUAUCUCGCAUUUGGCAUCGAGGAGGCAAUCAAAGAAGCCCAGAAUGGAGGUUCUGGAGUCGUGAUAUACUUCCGCAAGGAGGGCCGUGCACUGGGAGAAGUGAUCAAGUAUCUCGUGUACAACGCGAGAAAACGAGGCGGAGACACCGCUGACAAGUAUUUCACUCGAACGGAGAACAUUGCCGGCGUGCGGGAUAUGCGUUUCCAAGCCUUAAUGCCAGAUAUCCUGCACUGGCUCGGUAUAAAGAAGAUUGAUCGCAUGCUGUCCAUGUCAAACAUGAAGCACGAUGCGAUCGUCGACUCUGGUAUCAAGAUUAUCGAGCGGAUUCCUAUUCCGGAAGAAAUGAUACCCAGCGAUUCCCGAGUUGAGAUCGAUGCCAAGAUCAAUGCUGGUUAUUUCACUACCGGUAAGCAAUUCACGAUGGAUGAGCUUGCCCAGGUUAAGGGACGUGGCUGGGAGAAGUGGGAGGAUAUCACUCACUGA